AUGGGUUGCAAAGGGCUCACCGAUGAAGGCCAGUGCUUACUAUUCCCCUCCACCUUAGCUGGAGCCGCCCUAAAUUGGUUAUAUGGACUGGAGCCAGGGAAGCCUAAGAGUCAUAGCAUCCCACUUCAGCGAGCGGUUCAAAUUCUCAGACUUUUUAGAGCGCAACUUCACCAACAUACGACAGGUGCACAUUGGUUGAGUUCUCACUCCCCUCUCAUGCCGAACGGCAAGCGCACAUUGGUUGGGUUCUCACUCACCUCUCGUGCCGAACGACAAGUGCACAUUGGUUGGGUUCUCACUCCCGAAUGGAAGCACACAUUGGUUGAGUUCUCACUCACCAUUCGGCGCACAUUGGUUGAGUUCUCACUCACCUUUUGUGCCGAAUGGCAGGCGCACGUAGGUCGAGCCUUCACUACCUCUCACGCCUUCGACCCAUGA